AUACAUACACACACCAACUCGUAUGCAUAUCAAUAUAUACACUCGUAAGCAUGUGGGAUACCUGACAAAAGAUAGUUGUACAUAUGCUCACACUUAAGAAAACCGGUAGAAGCAUAAACUUUCAUAUUCUCACACAUACAUACAUGCAUACCAGAUAUAAGCGCGCUCACAUACACACCCAUUCACAUGCCUGCACACGCACACACAUUCAUGUGCGCAUACACACACACAGUUAUCUAUAUACACACCUAGAUGCACACGUACCCAUACACACACAAACAUACACCUCACACAGACAAACGUUUUAAAAUACCCGUAUUCAAAUCUAUAUUUUACAAUAGCUGCCGUUUGAAAAGAAAUCAAAAUAACAUUAUUAUCAUAAGAAACCCUCUUCGUUGUCUAACUGCUACUACUACUACUACUACUACUACUACUACUACUACUACUACUACUACUACCAAUAAUAAUAAAAGUAACAAUAAUGACAAAUAAUAAAUAGUUGGCCUCAUUCACUUUGGUCAAGCAGAAAUUUAGCGUUGAACAUUUCUUUUUACUUUAAGCUUAUUUAGUUCAUCCAAUAAUAAAAAAGAAAACGAAAAGAAAAAAACUUUUGUGAUACAAAAAUAAAUAAAAAAAAAAAACCAGAAAAGAAAAGCACUAAAAAAAAAUAAAAAAAAAUAAAAACCAGAUCUAUUACCAAGUCAUCAUCGUCACCGUCGUCGUCGAUGUCAACAUGCUAAUGAAAGGUUUCUCUUUUAACUAAAGAUUACUUCUAUUAUAUAUAUGUACAUGUAUAUAUAUAUACACCUUUAAUUUGAACAGGUUCUUGGUUUAAAGAGAAACUAGGAAUAUCAUAAAUAGCGAUUGGUUUUGAGAUUACAAGUAUAGUUUUAUUAUACGUAUAAAUUUAUACACAUACAUAUAUAUGUGUAUAUAUUUAUAGUGGUAUAUGUUCAUGUGUAUAUAUAAAUAUAAGCAUAUAUAAGGAAGUGACACACGAAAACAUCAUCCAUGAAAAGGAGGUUGAUUGCUUGGGAUUUUUCCUGUAGUUAGUACCCUAGGUUCAUUUUCCAAGUACCAAAGUCAGGGGUGUCAUGCAGAGAACAAAAAGCAAUGGAGAUUAGCUGUCACCCUGGAAAAUCCUUCUUCUGAUACCCAGGGUGCUCAAGCCUUUUCUCUCCACAAUGGGUAUCAGCUUCUUAGAUAAGGACAGAAACACUUUCUCUCCUCCCGACUAUGUGAUGUUUGCUCUUCUGUUGGUGAUAUCAGCAUCCAUUGGGAUCUUCUAUGCCAUAAAAGACCGUAAGAAAACAAACACAAAAGACUUUCUCUUGGCAGGAGGCAACAUGAAUCCAAUUCCUGUGGCUCUUUCACUCGUUGCGAGCUUCAUGUCAGCCAUCACUUUACUGGGAACUCCUUCCGAGAUGUACAGCUAUACAACCAUGUAUUGGUACAUUGCAAUCAGUUAUUUUUUCGUCUGUGGGGCUGCUGCCCAUUUGUUUACACCAGUUUUUUAUCGAUUGCGUGUGACAAGUGUAUACGAGUACCUUGAGCUGAGAUUCAGUAAAGGUGUUCGAACAGCAGGGUCUUUAACCUUCAGUAUUCAAAUGCUGCUCUACAUGGCAAUUGUACUUUAUGCUCCAUCAUUAGCAUUAAAUGCAGUAACUGGAUUUGAUCUCUGGUGGUCUGUGGUUGCUGUAGGACUUGUAUGUACAUUUUACACGACUUUGGGUGGAAUGAAGGCUGUGUUAUGGACAGAUGCGUUCCAGGUGAUCAUGAUGAUGAUCGGGUUACUCGCAACACUCAUUGAAGGAUCCAUCCGAGCUGGAGGCUUUGCAAGUGCCUGGAAGAGCGCUGAAGCGACUGGAAGAGUUGUUUUCAAUGACUUUGAUCCGGACCCUAAAGUGAGACAUUCAUUUUGGUCAUUGACAGUUGGAGGUUUCUUCACAUGGGUUGCCAUUUAUGGAGUAAACCAAGCACAAGUCCAGCGUGCAUGCACAUGUAAAACACUGCGAGGUGCUCAGCUAGCAAUGUGGCUCAAUUUCCCUGGAUUAACCAUCAUUCUCUUGAUUUGUUGUUUGAUUGGAAUGGUCUUGUAUGAUUUUUACAAAACUUGUGAUCCCAAAUCAUUUAAACUCAUAACUCAAGGUGAUCAGCUGCUUCCUUUGUUUGUAAUGGAUAUUCUGGGUGAGAUGAAAGGGCUGCCUGGCUUGUUUGUGUCCUGUUUGUUUAGCGGUGCCUUAAGUACAAUUUCAUCCGGAUUAAAUUCACUUUCUACUGUAAUCCUUCAAGAUGUCAUAAAGGCUUAUAUUGUGAAGGAUUUACCUGAAAAAAAAGCAACUAUUAUUUCCAAAAUUCUAGUUCUUGUUCUUGGAAUUGUAUGCCUUGCUUUCGCCUACGUUGCUUCUCUUCUUGGUAGUGUGCUACAGGCAGCAUUAUCACUAUUUGGUAUCAUUGGAGGACCUCUGCUUGGGAUAUUUGUCUUAGGCCUGUUUUUCCCUUGGGCAAACAAAUGGGGUGCAUUCAGUGGUUUAUUUACUGCUCUCACUGUCAUGUUAUGGAUUGGAGUUGGUGCACAGAUAGAAAAGUAUCCAAACCCUACUUCUUCGAUUUCUACAUCUGGCUGCAACUGGAACCUGACCAAAACAGCUCUAAGCACAGUAACAAACGCACCUGCAAACAUAACAACAUGGAGUCCACUUAUAGACCUAUACAGAUUGUCCUACCUGUGGUACAGUGCUGAAGCUGUUCUUAUAGCAGUUGGUAUUGGACUCAUCAUAAGUUUUAUUACAGGUGCUACAAAACCAUCGAAAAUUGAUGCAAGACUUAUUGUUCCAAUCUUUGAUAUCCUUUUCCCCUAUCUACCUGAACAAAUACGCAAACCUUUGAGAUUUGGAGUAAACCAUAAAGAUUCUAGCAAUUCUCAAGAAGAUCAAUGCCAGGUACAAACAAUAUCAGGUAGAUAUGCCAGCCACAAUCAGUUCGGUUCCUAUUCAAAGACACCAAAUUCUCGUCCUGGCAUUUUGAAGACUCCAUCCCACUCCAUCAGUUCAGUGGACUCUGGCAAAGACAGCAUCAAGACAACAUCGUUUUCUGAUGACAUUUCAAUUAGAACUAUAGCUUCAAAAGUAUCAUAUGAAUCCACCGUUUGAUAUCUAUGACAAUAGAUCUGCUGUCAUUUGUGGCUCUGUCUGUUGGAAUAUGUAUGUAUGAUUGUAUGUAUACAUGUAUAUAAUAUGCUGGCAUGCAUGUAUGUACAAAUGUAUGUAUGACUUAAUACAACUAUAAUGUGCAAAUUUUAUCAUUCCCUUUUUGACAUGCCUCAUUAUAUAUAAGCAUUGCGCAUGCUUGAUAAUUUAUCUUAAUUAAUGCUGUUUUUAUUAUCAUUAUCAUUAUUAUCAUUAUUGUUAUUUUUUUUUUUAUUGCUUGGUCUUAAAGCAAUGGCUGUACUCAAGACUCUUCACAGACUCUUCAAGCCGGGGUUAGUUCAUGUUAAAUAUGGUGUGGUUUUAAGUUUGUAUGUGUAUGUAUCUAUACACCCAUCUCUUUACAUAUGUGUGUAUGUAUAUAUGUGUGUGUGCAUGUAUGUAUGAAUGUGUGUGUAUGUAUGUAUGUAUGUAUACAUGCAUGUAUAUAUGUAUAUAUAUAUGUGUGUAUAUAUAUGUAUAUAUAUAUAUAUAUGUAUAUAUAUAUAUAUGUAUAUAUAUAUAUAUAUAUAUAUAUAUAUAUAUAUAUAUAUAUAUAUAGAUAGAUAGAUAGAUAGAUAGAUAGAUAGAUAGAUAUGAUGAUGAUGGCGGUAUAUAUAUAUAUUUAUUGAUCAGACCAACAGAUGGCGUUAUACACCACUGGUCACAAUGUGCUUCCAAUUCUGCCUUGAUUGCACCAUUCUCUUCUGUUUUGAUCCAAAUUGCUUAACCAAAUCGUCUUCCCAUUGUCAUAUCUAUAUGUGUGUGUGUGUGUGUGUGUGUGUGUCCGUGUCCUCAGGAAUUUGAGGUUUCACUGUCCAUUGCUCUGAGUUUUACACUUAACUAUUAUUCAAAUGAAGCAAUGAUGUAUCAUGAUAGAGGUACACUUCUGACACUUGCAAAAAAAGUUAAAUCUGCAUUAUGUACAGAGUACACUGUUCCUCUUUUGUUUCCAUACAACGAUACACACCAUCCUAAAAAAACAGACAGACACAUAUACUCUUGUAUGUAUGUAUGUAUUUAUAUGUAUAUACUUCGUUUUUGUAUCUGAUUUGCGAGAUUCUUUUAUGUGAAUUUGCAUGUUGAAAUAAAUAACAGAGUCAACUUCCAUUGAUAACGUUGCAAAAGUAACGAAAAUUUUGAAAGAAAAUAAUAUAUAAAUAAUAAAUGAGUGGAAAUUGAACCAGUGAGUGUGUUAGAAAAUAAGGCAUUAAGACAAUAUGACUCUCCCCAGACACAACAACAAAAAAAACAAUAUAUAUAUAUACAUAUAUAUAUAUUUAUACAUACAGUUAUUUCACAUCUACUAAUAUGCAUUUGAAUUCACACACACACACACACACACAUGCACACCAACCAGUGACAUGUGAAAAUACUACCUUCAAAACUGAAUUUUUUUCUUUUUCUUCUUUUUAUCUUGUCUGUGUAUACCAAGGAGUGCAAUGCUUUUGUUGGGUUCUUUAGACUACGUAUCAUCUCAAGCUGGCCUUUUACAGAUGGUUGGUUUGGUAUGUUAGGGAGAAAUACACUCAUUUAAAAAUCUCAGGGAAAACUUUAGUCAGCUUUUGUAAUCUGUUUGGGGUGCUGGUUGUACAACCAAAGACCUUCACAUGCCAAAUUGUUGUUGUACAGGUUCCUUAUGUGAGAAAGGGAGUUUCAUUUUGGUCUCUCCUGUAUACCAAAGUUUCGAAUUUCAUCUUUAAAAUAAUCUUCCAUGUGUAUAUAAUGACCAGUUGUUCACUUUGGCAUUCUUAAGAGUAGAAACUAUUGUUUGGCAGCACUCUCAUUAGUUAUGUUCUCUGAAUUUGCUUAUUUUCUUAUUAAUACAUACAUACAUACAUACAUACAUAUGUACAUACAUACAUACAUACAUACAUACGUACGUACAUACAUACAUAUGUACAUACAUACAUAUAUACAUACGUACGUACAUACAUAUGUACAUACAUACAUACAUACAUAUUCCAAAAAUUUAGCACAUAAAUACAUAUGCAUGCAUCUAGACUUAAAAACGCAUCCAUAAAACAAACAUACAAAUCUGCGCAUACACUAACACCAAAUACUGCACACACACACAUAUGCACAAAUACCUAGAUGAUGUUGAUAAAAGUUCCAAUGAAGGAGCCUUGAAUCUAUGUUAGAGUCCGGCUCUUUCUCUAAGGAUAAGAAAUACAGAAAUGAAACUGAUUGAUAACAUACAUACAUACAUACAUACAUACAUAAAACAUACACAUCUGCACACACAUACAUAAAUUAUACAAAUCUGCACAUACAUACACACAAACAAAAAAUACCCUGUUGUUGAUGUUGAAAUUCCGACGAAGGAGCCUUGGAUCUAGGUUAGAAACUGAAUUUUUCUCUAUUUCAAGAAGUCUUGAAUUAAAUUUAAUAAUUACAUACAUACAUACAUACAUACAUACAUAUGUUAUCAUUUAAAUAUAUUAGCAUGUCUAGAUAUGCAACUACAUGCUGGCAUGGGUUAGACAGGCUCCAGUCUGAUGUGGCA